AUGUACUUCCCCGAGGACAAUAAUGCAAUGUUGUUCGGACAGCGUUGUGGUGAUCUCGUGCUUUAUGCCUCAUUCCGCUGUUGGAAUCGCAUGGACCUGCUAGAUUCCGAGGGUGUACACAUGUGCUGCAUGGUAUUUCAGCAGCUGGAAGUAGCGGAUAUCUACCGAGUCCUGGCCUAA